CUCCGUUCGAUCUUCCAUCAUUUCUCCCCAACAUGCAUUAUCGUCAACCAUGAAUGGAGCAGAAAAGUCUCCAGCGACCGAGAUCUAUGAUCCCAGCGCCAUCCCCGACUACGACCACGACUUCAUCAACCCCGAUGAUCUGCGACAGUUCGAGAACGCCCUGACCGACCAGGGGGCCUCACCAUUGGUGGCGCUCAACGACUGGCGGCCGAUCUACCAACGAGUCAAGAAGGGCCGCAGCAGCCGUCGCAAAGGGCCGCGGCGCACCAAGGAUGAAACGCGGGAAGGGGUUCUCUACACAUUCCUGAAGUGGCCGUUCCUGCUCAUCGUCUUUGGCUGGAUCACCGCCCUGGCCAUCGCUUACGCCUUCACGCGCAUCUACAUCGUGCUGUACGAGCACUGGAUCUCGUGGCGGGGCACGCGGCAACGGCUCCGGAGGCAGCUCCAUGCGCAGACCAACUACCGCGACUGGCUGAAGGCCGCCCAGGCGCUCGAUGACUACCUCGGCAACCAGCGAUGGAAGGAGAUCGACGAAUAUGCCUACUACGACCACCUCACCAUCAAUAACCUAGUGAAGCAGCUGCGCAAGGCGAGGAGAGAGGCGGAGCGCGAGAUGCACGACAAGGCUGGUGGAGCGGGGGAGACGCCGGCGGCGGAGGAGCUGUGCACGCUGCUGGAAGCGUGCGUGAAAAACAACUUCGCCGGGGUGGAGAACCCUCGGCUCUACAGCGAGGCUUAUUCGGGGACGAAGAACCUGGUACAGACGUACAUGGACGAGCUGCAUGCGUGUAUACAGGUGGUGUCGGAGUCCAAGAUGAUCAGCACCGAAGAGAAGAUCCGCCAUUUCAAGCACCUGGACACCAACUUUGGACGGACCGCGCUGUGUCUUUCUGGCGGCGCUACCUUCGCUUACUACCACUUCGGGAUUGUGCGAGCGCUCCUGGACAACGAGAUUCUGCCGGAGAUCAUCACGGGAACUUCAGGAGGAGCGCUGGUUGCGGCUUUGGUUGCUACCCGGACCGACGAGGAACUUAAACAGCUGCUGGUACCUGCGCUGGCGCACCGGAUCCAGGCCUGUCACGAGAGCUUCCCGCAAUGGUUCAUGCGCUGGUGGAGGACAGGAGCUCGGUUCGACACUCUGGAGUGGGCUCGUCAGUGUAGCUGGUUCUGUAGGGGCUCGAUGACUUUCCGGGAGGCCUAUGAACGGACAGGACGUAUCUUAAAUGUUUCGUGCGUUCCAUCGGACCCUCACUCACCCACUAUCUUAGCCAACUACCUCACCUCGCCGGAUUGUGUUAUCUGGAGCGCUGUUCUGGCAUCCGCGGCCGUCCCCGGCAUCUUGAACCCUGUGGUACUAAUGACCAAGAAACGUGACGGCACACUGGCGCCUUAUUCGUUUGGACACAAAUGGAAAGAUGGCAGCUUGCGGACCGAUAUCCCCAUCAAAGCAUUGAAUCUGCAUUUUAACGUCAACUUCACCAUUGUUUCGCAGGUCAAUCCCCAUAUCAACCUCUUCUUCUUCAGCUCUCGAGGGUCAGUCGGCCGACCGGUCACCCAUCGCAAAGGUCGCGGCUGGCGUGGGGGGUUCCUGGGCUCCGCGAUUGAACAAUACAUCAAGCUGGACAUGAACAAGUGGCUGCGCGUCCUACGACAUCUCGAGCUCCUCCCGCGACCACUGGGCCAGGACUGGAGCGAGAUCUGGCUGCAGAAGUUCAGCGGCACGGUCACCAUCUGGCCCAAGACCAUCCCCUCGGAUUUCUGGCACAUCCUCUCCGACCCGGACCCCGAGCGUCUGGCGCGCAUGCUGCGGGUCGGCCAGCAGAGCGCCUUCCCCAAGAUCCAAUUCAUCAAGAACCGACUGAAGAUCGAGAUCGCCGUCGUCAAGGGGCUACAGCAGUUCACGCAGGCCGGCGGUCGAGGCGUCUCGCCGGCGCCGCCGCGCUGGCGGCAGAACGGUGGCAGCAGCAGCAGCCCAAUGGAUCCCUUAUCUCAGCGGCUGGACCACACCCUCCCCGAAAGACAGACCGAGGAGACGCAGUACCUAGUGGAUACGUCGCACUCGGACCUCUCAUCCGCGGAGGAAUCCUCCUCGCACGCCCCGUCCCGACUGCGGCUGCGGGUCCCGGAGCCCCGACGGGGUAGUUCGGGGAGCAACAUCUUCGAAGAGAUGCGACGCCAAUCGGCCGUGUUCUUCGACGAUGUGGAUAUGUAUGGUGAGGAGGAUGCACUCCGAGGAAGAUAGAUUUGCUGGACGUGUUGCCCGUUUCCCCGGUCAUCUUGUCAACUUACAACAUGUGAUUUCUAGUGCCCUGUGUCUCAUUUAGCCUUGCUUAUCAUCUGGUGGAGAUUUUGGUUAUCAUGCCCAUUUCCCAUUUGCCCUGUCCCUGUCCUUGUCCCUGCCCUUGGUCCUUGGAUCCAUAUUCACCAUAUAGUUAUUUGGCGCUUUUUCCUUUUCUUUUCUUUUCUUUUCUUUUCUUUUCUUUUUUUUUUUUACAAUUAGCUCAAGACCCUAGAAAUUCUGUAUAUUACUUUCCACACCGAAAUCACAUCACCCUUAUCUUAUAA